AUGAACAAAGAAGCGGACGAGCAGGAGAAGAAGAAAAGAAGCCGAAGAUCCAGCGGGCCUCCUGAAAUCAAACCCGAAACACUCGCGCUGCCGCCGACCAAACCUAAGAAGCAAAGAAGCAACGGAGAGAGGAGAGAAGAAGCAAAGAGGGCGAAAACCCCACAGUCCAGCAGGUUCUUCCACAAUAUCAAGCCAGAGACAUCAGACAGGAUAUUAUUUACAGAGAAGAGCAAGUGCAAGAAGAAGAAGAAGAAGAAGACGUAUAGUACAGGGGAAGAGAGAAGGGAGAGGAAUGACUGCGAGAUCAUCCACGUCGACUUGCAUGCUGCAGCUCCAACCUGCAUGUCCACAACAUCUCGCAGCCAGAGACAGCGAGACAGCAAGACAGCAAGACAACCAACCCAGCAACGAGACCGCGAGAGACAAAAGAGAUGA